GUGAGGAGCGUAGUGUAGCUGUGCGGGGUGUGUAGUGUUGGAGUGUGAGGAGUGUACUGCAGUUUGCUGAUUUCAGUGAUAAAGAGACGGUUCCUCUCUCAUGCAGUCACAUACUCGUGUGUUGCAGGGCAGACUUUGCCCGGGGGUGUGACAAUAGGACAUAGAUGGGUGAGUCACUUCUCUCUGGGAUGAGUGAAGCAAACGUCAGGAUGGACAGUGCAGCUAAGUUAAUGCAGAAGUAUCAGGGGGGUGCAGAUGGGCGCUGUGUACCUCAGCACGGAUGGCGGAUCUGCCUGGCACAUGAGUUUGAUGAGAAGAGGAAACCCUUCCAGCUGGGUAACGUCUCCCCCUCACUGAUACUGAGUCACCUGCCCAUGGGAAUCCGGUAUAUGUUCUGGUGGGGCAGGAAGACUUAUGUGGAGAAGAAAGCGCCUUUUAUUGACAUGGUGAAGUGCGUGCCUCUGCGACAGAUCUAUGGGGCGCCACUUGGAGGUAUUGGAGGAGGAACUAUCACACGAGGAUGGAGGGGGGAGUUCUGCCGAUGGCAACUUAAUCCCGGACUUUACCAUUACAAGACAGUGAUGGAAAACCAGUUCACUGUGUGUAUACGGCGGCGUGGGCAAACGGUGUAUCAACAAGUGCUGUCUGUAGAGAGGCCUCACACCCUGCAAGGCUGGAACUGGGGAUACUGUGGUACACAGGCGUUCUAUCAUGCUCUGUACCCUCGCGCCUGGACUGUCUAUCAGCUGCCCGGACAGAAAGUAACCCUCACCUGCCGCCAGGUGUCUCCUAUUAUCCCCCAUGACUACAAACCUGGUGUACGUGUGUCUCACUGCACGCACUUUGACCCUUCAGGAAUGGGGCACGAGGUGUGGAAAGAUCUCAUGGAAGAUGGCUGCCUUGACUCCACCUCAGGUCCCAGCUCUGUCACUGCAAGAGGCAAGAAGACUGCGGUGGCUCUAGCAGCUGGGUGCACCGUUUCGCCAGGCGGACAUGGGAGACUGGAAUUCUGUCUAACCUGGGAUAUGCCCCGAAUACGCUUUGGUUCCGGAGAGAAGGAGCACUGCAG